UCCUACCUCUUUCUACCCAUCUCUUUUUCACUCUUUCCUUCCUUCAUCCUCUGCCUUUCUUUCAUUCCUAUCAUCUCCUUCAUCUUUUUCAUUUCUCACAUCCACACUAAUUAAUGGAGAUGAAGAACGAGAAUGAGAAUGAGAGUCACGACAAGCCGAUCCAACAGAUUACCCAUCGCUUUCAUCAGCAACAUCCCUUGGUGUUAGUGGCAGAGCAAAGCAAUGAAGUUCUCAAAGCUCACUGCGAUGGAUGUGGGGAACUACUUUCAGCUCCAUGCUUCACUUGUAUUCAUUGCAAUUAUCACCUUCACAAGCAAUGUGCAGAGGCACCCCUUGAACUUCCUAAUCACCCUCUCCAUCCCAAGCACUCAGGCGCAGGUCUUUUACUUCGACAAAGGCCAAAUCCUAGUGGUUACUGGGUAUAUGGUUGUGCAUUAUGCAUGGAAAAACGUAACAUGUUUUUUUAUGAAUGUUAUUGGUGUUACUUUUCCAUUGACAUCAAAUGUGCUCAAUUAUCUUCUUCAUUUAAGUUUAGCCAACUGUACAAACAUGACAUCCACCAACAUCCAUUGACCUUCAUCAAAAGAUUCAGCUGCUCCUGGUGUCAUGAACCAUUGACAAAUUUUGUUUCUUUUUGUUCCGAGUGUCCAAUAUUAUUUAUCCUUCAUAAGAAAUGUCUUGAUGAGUUACCUACUAAAAUUAAUCACCCUUCCUAUCACAUACACCCUAUUUUUCUUAAUCAUAGUGAUAGUGGUUGUUUUUGCAACCUAUGCCAAAAGCAACAUUCUGGACCUUUUUAUGGUUGUACUCUUUGCCAUUUUAACAUCAAUAUUGGAUGUGCUCUUCCAAUGUCCAUUGUUGAAGGUAAAAGCCGCCAUCAACACCCAUUCACAUUAUUUCGAAGACGAGGUUCAUUCAUUUGUGAUGCAUGUGGCAUUGAGGGAAAUUAUAUUUCUUAUAUAUGUUCCACAUGCAACGUCAUUGUCCAUAAGAAAUGCACUUCAUUCCCUCGUAUUAUCAAAUUUUCUCGACAUGAUCACUGCAUUUUUCACAAAUAUUUUCUUGAAGAUCUUACAAGGCAAGAUUGCAAGAUUUGUUUCAAAGAAGUGAGACUAGAGCAUAGGAGUUACUCUUGUGGGAAGCUAGGUUGCAAUUACGUUGUCCAUGUGAAUUGUGUCUUAGAGGAUGAUAAGUUGUACGAGGUAAUUGAGGACGAAAAGCAAUGUGAGGAGCUUUAUGAAAAAUCUAUGCAGUCUUCCAUCAUUCGCGUUAUUGAGGUGAAUGAAGCCGGGGAAACUACAAAGAUUCAACAUUUCAUUCAUCAACAUUGCUUGGUGUUAGCAGACAAGAUGGAGGAGGAAAUUGAUAGAAAAUGUGAUGGGUGCAUGCUACCUAUCUCAAAUAUUUUCUAUUAUUGUUCAGAAUGCCCCUUUUUUCUUCAUAAAACCUGUGCUGAAUUGCCAAGAAUCAAGCAACAUUGGUUUCGUCAAAGCAAUGCCACCCUCAAUUUCGACAGCUUUCUCCAAUGUGACUUUUGCUGUCGACGUUGUAGUGGUUUCUUCUACAAAAUUGAAGGAUAUAAGGACAUGUGCUUAAGGUGUGCUAAAGUUGCUGAUAUCAUUGAAUGUGAAGGACACCAACACUUCCUCUUUUUUAUUUCAAAUACAGGCAGAAAUGUAAUGGUUGUGGCGCUGAUAUCGACGAAGGUGCAUUCGAAGGUGCAUUCAGAUGUGGAAAGUGCAGAUUUGCUUUGGAAUUUGGAUGCUUAACAUUACCACAUUCAGCUUUUCACAAAAUUGAUGAACACAAGCUAAAGCUUACUUAUCAUGAUGAUAAGGAGCAAAGUUAUUGUGAUAUUUGUGAGCAAUAUAGAGAUCCAAGCCUUUGGUAUUAUUCUUGUUCAAUUUGUGAUACUUCUGCUCAUCCCAAAUGCGUUCUUGGAAAUUUUCCAUUUCUCAAGGAUGGGAGCACACUUCCUAAUUAUGAACACACUCAUGAUCACGAUCUUCAAUUUUUUAGGAAGGUUGAGGGCUUCCCUGAAUGUUCUGAGUGUGGUAAGUUUUGCCAAGAAGAAAUUACCAAAUGUGAAGAGUCUAUAUGCAAUUAUAUUGUCCAUGGCGUUCCGGAUGGCUAAGUUUAAAGCUUUGUGAUGUGCUUUGCUCAAAUGGAAAGCACUAGAGGUUUUAUCCGAUCCAAAGAGUUCACAAAGGAUUUGACAUUUCAUUCCUACUUCUUCGAUGAAGGAUGCUCAAAUUUUAAGUGUGUUUUGAUUUAAGUGUUGGUUUGUUUAAAAUUUGUUCGGAUUUGUAUGAUUUGAACUCACUAUUAUUUUGUGAUUCAUCUAUGAUAUAUUUGAGUUUGUAAAAUUUGAUUUCAGUAUGAU